AUGGGAAACAAUAUGACAUUGAUCACAGAGUUCAUCCUCCUGGGAUUUCCUCUCGGCCCAAGGAUGCAGAUGCUCCUCUUCGCCCUCUUCUCCCUAUUCUAUGCCUUCACUCUCCUGGGGAACGGGACCAUCGUGGGGCUCAUCUGCCUGGACUCCAGACUCCACACUCCCAUGUACUUCUUCCUGUCCCACCUUGCCAUCGUUGACAUUGCCUAUGCCUGCAACACCGUGCCCCAGAUGCUGGUGAACCUUCUAGAUCCAGCCAAACCCAUCUCCUUUGCUGGCUGCAUGACACAGACCUUUCUCUUCUUGACAUUUGCUAUCACAGAAUGCCUCCUCCUCGUGGUGAUGUCCUAUGAUCGGUACGUGGCCAUCUGCCACCCGCUCCGAUACUCUGCCAUCAUGAGCUGGAAGGUCUGCAGCACCAUGGCUAUGACUUCCUGGAUCACUGGGGUGCUCCUGUCCUUGGUUCACCUGCUGCUACUUCUGCCUUUACCCUUCUGUGUAUCUCAGAAAGUCAAUCACUUUUUCUGUGAAAUCACAGCUGUUCUCAAACUUGCCUGUGCAGACACACACCUCAAUGAGACCAUGGUCUUGGCUGGGGCAGUGUCGGUGCUUGUGGGACCGUUCUCCUCGAUUGUGGUCUCUUAUGCCUGUAUCCUUGGUGCUGUCCUGAGGAUCCAGUCGGGGGAGGGUCAGAGGAAAGCCUUUUCCACCUGCUCCUCCCACCUCUGUGUGGUUGCAUUAUUUUACGGCACAGCCAUUGUCAUGUAUGUUGGACCAAGACACGGGAACCCGAAGGAGCAGAAGAAAUAUCUUCUACUGUUUCACAGCCUUUUUAACCCAAUGCUCAACCCCCUGAUCUAUAGUCUCAGGAACUCGGAUGUGAAGAAUACUUUGAGGAGAGUUCUGAGGAUGCAGAGAGUUUUGUGA